AUGAUUAGUGUUCAAAAAAGUGCCCAAUGUGAUUGUUUUGAAUUCAAUUUUUUCGGUUACAAGUUGAUGAUGCAGAAGCGGGACGUCAUCCUCACUGCGGUCUUCUCCAGUCUCGCUGCUCUGAUUCUGAUCGCUGGAAUCGGAGCCGGUUGUUACUUCUUCCACAAGAGGAGACGCAAGAGGGACGAGGACGAGAAUGACUCCCAGGAGGUGACGGUGAGAAAACUCGAGGAAGGUUCCGAAAAGAAGUCCAGAGUCAACGGUUUUCUCAGCCUGAAAACGCCGUUGAUAUCAUCGAAAACUUUGGGGUAAGUGAUUGUUUGUAAAAUUUAUUUUAUAUUGCAAUUUACAAAGGUCACCUAAGUGGUGAUGAAGAAAUUGAAAUAUGUAGUAUUUUUUAAUUGUCUUUCAAAGGAUCUUUUCAACAUUUUGCUCGUGUGAAUUUAUGGUUUCGGUUAUAAUAAAAGGACCUACCUAUAACAAAGCUGUAGUAGUCAAACACAAUUAAAUUAUUCAAUAUCCAUUUUUGGGACGAGUACGCUCCUCUUUGAGCAAACAAUAACAAGGGUAAAAUAUUGUUGGCUGUAUCCUUCCAAACGCUUGACCCGCUCUUAUCCUCUGUCAUAAUAAUAUUCAAGGACCCGCUGAUAAUUUUCUUUCGAGCUAUCCUAAAUUUGAAUCAUACAAGAUAC